CCGCGCGCACGGCACCCGCAGUAAAAGUGAGGAGGUGCGCCGACAACAUGCCGUGACACAAACCACGUUCUUUGGGCAGCCUCCUGCAUACGCGAACCGCGUAUGUUUCUCGCGAGUGUGUGGCUUUAGUUUCUUUUGGUUUUUGUUAUUGUUGUUGCUGCUGCUGCAUCUGCGCCGCUGCUCUUGGUUCCUGUAAAACAGAAUGACAGAUAUAACGAUGCCGAGCAUCAAAGGGCCAAUGGCCUUGCUCCUCUUGCUCUUCUGCGUUGUACUCGUCCAGCCAGGUGUCAAAGGAAGCGGCGAGGCGUGGCUGAAGAGCGAGAAACACGCAGAUCUGGGCAGUGAGAUCCAACUACCUUGCAUACUCAAGCUGCCCCAGUGCAUCGGUCUGCACAGCAUUAAAUGGUACCAAGGCAACGAGCGCAUCUUCGUGUACAGUGCCGAAGGAGCCGAAACUCUUGCUACCGACGAAGUCGCCUCUAGGAUGUCGAUGAUCGUACCGAAAGACAACGUGACCAAGUCGUACUUGAAGAUCACCAAUUUGACACUCGAUGACGAGGCGCUGUACAAAUGCGAGGUGACAUACUUAGCCGUCAAUAGAGAAUGCAACAAUGUGCAACACAUCACUCUCAACGUCACUGUGGCACCUACCUCGGUACGAGUGGUGGACGAAAGCACGAAACAGACUUUGGAGGACGGACGCGUGCUGGGUCCAGUGAUCGAGGGUUCCUCGAUAGCACUGAGAUGCGAAAGCGGCAAAGGCAGACCUGUGCCGACUGUCGAGUGGUACAACGGUAACACUAAACUCAAGUCGAAAAGUUCGUCGGAACUGGAGGAACACGAAAUCGGCACAGGAAGUGGCACACUUAAUCUUGUGGUCGCACGUAGUGAAUUAGGCGCCACUUUUAGCUGCAAGGUUAGCAGCUUAGCACUCGCCGAACCUCUUAAAAUAGACAUCAAAUUAGACGUGCAUGUGCGCCCGAUGAAAAUGGACAUCAAAGGUGUGGUAGGCCACGUGAUCCAAGGUUCCAAGGUAUUGCUACAGUGCGAAGUGCAGGGUGCCCGACCACCAGCCAACGUCACUUGGUAUAACGGCACCGAGAUCCUACAUCGUAAUAGUAGUCGGCUCGAUAUGUACGAGACUAAGUUCACCGACAACGACGACGGAACCACGCAGACUAACAGUUUCCUCGCGUUCACUGCAUCUGAGCACGACAACGGCCGUAAGUUCAGCUGCAUGGCGAUCAAUCCGGUCAUGCUAAAGGAAGGGAGUCAGCCAAUGAAGGAUACCGUCAUCAUCGAAGUGAUGUAUCCUCCAAUCGUCCGGAUGAACCCAAGCAAUAUAACAGUAAACGAGACCGAGGACUUUCAGUUAUAUUGCGAGUACGAAGCUAACCCAGCCACCCUCAUAAACGUAGUAUGGCAACGAGACGGAAAGAACUUGACGCUGAGCAACGAGCGCUACGAAGGCGGUACGACCGAACUCACGGCCUUACUUGUCAAAAAUGCCACUGCCGAGGAUAUUGGCAAGUACACGUGUAUACUGGAAAAUGACUUUGGUACAUCGAGCUCCAAGGAAUACAUCGACGUGUCCGUAUUGUUUCGGCCGAUAGUGGAGGUGACAAUGGAGCCGAGCACACCGAUUAACGAAGCAGUACGUUCGAACGUCUCACUGAGCUGUGACGUGGUGACAGGUAAUCCUGUAUAUCUGGUGGCAGUGCGAUGGUAUCUCGACGGCGAGUUACUUAAGGAGUUACCCGACUGCACACCGCGUGGCAACGCCACUGUCGCCGAGGAAUUCUGCGACAUCGACCCAAGCAAACUACUAUUGGAAUCGGUCGGCAGGUCCUUCCAUGGCAACUACUCCUGUGAAGGCAAAAACGACGCUGGCUGGGGUCCUAUAUCUACUAACAAGCCUCUCAUCGUUCAUUAUAAGCCGGGACCAGCAUCGAUAUCGUACGAGCCAAGACGAGUAGUGAAGAAGCGACCACUCAACAUAACAUGCGUGGUAAAGGAUCCUGGCCGACCAGCUGCCGCGGGCUUCAAGUGGUUUCGUGGCUCUCAUCGACUUACCGAGAUCACCAGUGCCGUUUAUAGGAUCGAAAAGGCUCGACUGGAAUAUCGCGCAAACUAUACCUGCAUGGCCUACAACGAGGCGGGCGAUGGUGACCCCGCAUCUAUCUUCGUUAAUAUCUCGUCGCCGCCAGCCUUCAUAAAAAAACUGCCGCAGCUGAAGGGCUUUGUGUUCAAUGCCACGAGUGCCAGUUUGGACUGUCACGUGGAGUGCUCGCCACUUUGCGAAGUCGUCUGGAUGAAGAACAACAAAACCAUAGACUUCGCAAGAACGAGGCAUUACUACGUGGAGAACAGACAUACGGCACCAAACCUCGGCUCCGAUGACUUUGAAAGUAUCAACUCGUCGCUGCAUUGGAAUCUCACGGCGUGGACGGCGGGUCAACUGGACCGGGAAACUGACAAUGACGUUACCUUUACCUGUAUGAGUACCUCUAAUGGUAUAGGACCUGGUGUCGCCAGCACUGUCAAAAUUGAAGUCUACUUUCCACCGGAGAAUGUAAUGAUUCCGAAGAAAUCGAUAGACGUGACAGAGGAAAAUAUACCCGAAGCAGUAACUUGUAACGCGAUGGCACGUCCAGAUCCUCAAUAUCGGUGGUAUCGCGAAGACAAACCCGAGAAAAUAGUAUCCGAGGAUUCAAUUCUAAGCUUUAAACAAGGCCUCCCUCGUAGCGAAGGCGGUACAUACGUUUGCCAGGCGAGCAACAAAAUCGGCAGCGCCACGAGAACCAUCAACGUCAACGUGCAAUACAAGCCCGAGUGCCACGUGGACAAAGUAACGGACGAUGGGAAAGACUACGUGGUGUGCAGUGCCGAGGGCAAUCCGCCAAAGUACGAGUUUCGCUGGUCACUUUCCAGUGACAAUGACACGAUCGAAACGGUGCCCGUCGCCAAAGACGGCAAAAGUUACUUGCCGCUCGACGACUCUGUCUCGAACCCGAGGACCUACGUCUGCAUCGCUAACAAUACUAUUGGACCGUCCAAUCCCUGCGAACGUCACGUGCCUGCACACCAAGGACUGGAUACGACUAUUCCCUGGUGGCUGAAACUAGACGGCGAUCUAUUAGUCAUUGUUAUUGCCACAACGGUAAUAAUCAUACUGGUGAUCAUUGUCAUCUGCGUCGUCAUUUUCCUAAUGUGUCGACGUAAACACACCAAAUUAAAAUACAAUAAUCGAGUGGUCGAAUUGGAAGAACGUGAGCACCCCGAUGGCGGAUCACCAUCACCGACGACGGUAGUAGUGCAGCAGCAAUCGCAGCCCCAAGAGCCCACCUCUUCGCCAGCACCUCGCUGGCCACUGAAACCCGGUGUACUCGUGCACAUCAACAGCAUGCGCUCGGGUCUCGGUAGUCCUGAUUCAACGAGACCUUUGCAGUCGAGACAAUCGCCUCAGGAUGAUAAUGUGAUGGCAAGAACCAAUAAGAUCAGGGCGAUGUUUAGUGCACAGCUCAAGGAAUCUGACACUUUUCCUGGUAUCUCUCGCGGCAAAACAGCCGUGACGUACAAGAGAAUAGCGCCACGACCGGAGCAUGCCAGCAGCCAGCAACAGCAGCAUCAUGCCAGGAACAAUGUGUCUCGUAAGCGCAAAAAGCCUGGGGCAGACCCCAGCCAGGGAGCCCAUAGCAACCACAUGGACAGCGUCUCGGAGGGUCUGUCAGAGCCAGAAACCAAGACCUUCUACGAGAACCUGCCGUUCCACGGUAUUCAAUCGCCGCCGAACAAGACGGCCAACAGUAUCUACGACUACAAAGAGCACUAUCAGCAGGUGCAGCAGCAGCCGCCGCAUCAGCAGGUACAGCAGCAGGAGAUGCAACAGUACGGCUAUCCUCUGCCAAGCAACAGCUCUAGCCAAAUGACCUUACCCCUGACGCGCAGCCUAUACCACUCAUCGUCGGUGGUGUCCCCGUUACAAAGCUCGUACAUGCACUCGCAGCACUCGCUGAACGCGAUGAAUCUCGGCCAGUACCAAUCGGCGGACACGUCGAUCACCUCCAAUACGUUGCCCUACUCACUGGACGUGCCCGACCUGACUUACGACAGGCAGCAGCACCGCAGGCACACCAGGCGAAAGCAUCGAAGCAAGCGCAAACGCAACAAUCAAUGCAGCGGUGUCGCCGUCAAUAACGAGACGACGAGCUUCGAGCUCGGCAUGCCCGAGAGCUACAAGAUCUCGUAUCCGCAUUAUUACGAGGAUGCCUACGCUUCAGACGCCGAGGCGCAACCUCAGCAAGCCCAGCAGCAGCAGCAGCAGCAGCAGCAGUCUCGCAAGCCGAUCAAGAGCCGUUCAAGCCGGAGUUCACUGAUUUGGACUACGCCGACGUAGACUACCGCUCGUACGGGCCAAUAAACUACAAAGCAGCAAGUAUCGCGUUACUGCAGCGACGACAACAGCAACAUCAGCAGCAGUUGCAGCAGCGAGACGAGCGUCGUCCUCAAAUGUACGGCAUGUCCGAUGAGA